ACACCUACAGGAACCUGAAUAGGAGCACAACAAUAAACACUUGUGUUCCAGGAUGCAGGUGGGGGUGGAAUGUAGGUUCCCAGCAGAGCCGACGCCGGGAGUAAUGGGUGCUACAGGCUGGUGGGUGCAUUCCUGAUCAGGGGGAGCAACUCUUUAUACAGGAGAAGGUUGCUGGGUAUGAUGCAGCCUAUGUGGUGUGAAAGAAUCACAUAUAGGGAGGAAGAAUUAGAGAAAGAAAUAUCUGUUGAUAGAAGUCUCUGGAAGAAACAUGAAAAGUUUGGAUGGAUUCUACAAUGAACUUCGUCAAAAAUAUCCCAAUACUUUUAAUAUGGCGCCGGACCUUGGAAAGGAGAACAGGGAGAUCCACAAACUGCCACAGCUGGAAGGUACAAAGCUUCUUCAGAGACUUAACUUUCCAAAUAGCAUUUCUCUACAAAGGGUGCCUCCGGACAGCCUUGUCUGCAAAGUCCAGAUUCUCAAAAACCAACACGGGCAAACUAAGAAAUCUGAGAUGCCCCAGCACAUGGUCAUUAUCCAGGACAAAGCCAUACCUAUGCCAACGUUGGCAAAAUGGGAUUAUUCAGCUCCUGAGAAUGGAAUUGCCUUCCGCCUGCCCAGUCUAAGGGCUCAGGUGGAACAGAACCAAGCAGAACUAAGAAGCAGACUUAAUACCCUAAAGGAAGGAGAUGACAUGAAGUCUAGCCGAUAUGGCAGUGCCACAGCUGGGGGAACUAGCAAAGUCAAGAGCACUCAAAACCAUUCCUAUAGUAGUGAGAGUCUCUCCAACACAGGCCUUUCUUUUAUAAAGCCCGAUGCACUGGGUACCAUCAUGAAAGAAUUGCUGCCGAGCAAACCAGGGAGGUUAACCAACGAGGUGUCACUAAACAGUAGGGGACAACAGCAGAUAAAUGAUCCAAGUGGAUGUGUCUUCGACAGUGACUCAGGGGUCUCUGCUUGUUCUCCAGUAAAAGUAUUCAGACCAAAACUGAGGAGCCCACAAACACCUCCUGCUCCAAGUGAUAUUAAAAGGAAGUUUAUGGUCAAAUUCCAGGCUGCACACGGCCCAGUGAAAGCCAAUCACACGGUUGUUGCUGGACGGCAGGUCCAACCCAAGAAGCUAUUAGAAAGGUCUGAUUUGAGCGAGUCCAUAAAGAGCAGCUCCAUCAACUUCAGAGACAAGACAAAACCUCAUCGGCCACCAACAGGACGAAUUAGAUUUGAGGAUGAAUCUGAGCAAGAAGCAGAGUCUCGCUAUCAAGAAAGAUUCUUUCUGAAGAUGAAGGAAGCAGAAAAGGUUGAUAUUAAGAGCUUAUCAAGUACCUCAACCCUCUCUAUGGAGAGUAAUAGAAUGUCAAGGAAUAGUUUAUCAGAUCUCUCAGCACAGUCAAUGGACAUUAUCAGAAGAUCUCACACUAGUCCCAUGCCUCCAUCAGAAUUACAGAGGGACAGACCAUCCACUGGCCACCUUUAUAGACGCCAACCAUUCCCACCAAGUGUAGCUAAGAAAGUCUUAAUCGAUAUCCCCAGAAGUGGGCAACUGCAUAGGCACAGUCUGUAUAAUGAGAAAUCUCAGGGAGAGAAGCCUAAUAUCCAGGUUCUUUCAAAAACUAGUAAGGAACUGUCUUCUCAACAUGGCGCCAGUAGGACUUUUGCUACCAACAAUAUGGCGUUUAAGCCUAAAGAACUUUGUGAAAAGAAAGAAGGAGCUAAAGUGGAGCAAGGUAACGAACCACUGGGGGCACAAGAUGGAGCAGCUGCAGAAGGUGUGGACAUAUCCUAUCACAGUACAAUUAAAAAGAGCCUGCACGUUACAAAGAAGGUUGGUGGCCAAUCAGAGAAAAGCGAGCUGCUGAAUAUAGACAUCCAGUUUGUGAGUGAGCUAGAAACCAACCAAUCGCUACAGCUUCUACCAAGAAGUCAUGGGCAAGAGAAAGUAUCGUUGGAUAGAAAAUCUCCUUCAGGAAUUAGCAAUACUAUUCCGCCCAAAGAGUUUUCACGAGGGGAAGAUGCUCUGACGAGUAGCAAGCGCAGUAAGAAGACAGAGGAGCCCCCCUCUGCUGGGCCACCAGCGAAUCGCAUAUUAAAGGCACCCCUUCUACCCAUGAGGAUGAUGCAUACAUUCCUGAAGAAAGGCCGUGCCAAAAAUUACAUGGUUCCUGUACCGCCUUCUCCUCGCCAGACACACAGGUAAUUAGCAACGAAUGCCCUUUAGCACUAACUGGGAAGAAUAACUGUGAGACUGGAUUUAAGAGACCCUUUACUAAAAACAAAACAUAGCGAGGAGGUUUGUGCUAUAGUUUGCCAAUAUCACCCAGACUGGGGAGGGACUUACCCAAGAUGAACAUGGAUCUCAUGUAUGUGUGAACCACACCUACCAGCUAUAUUUUACUGCAUUUAUAUAAUAUGUACUAUUGUGGCUUCUUAUAUAUAUUGGGGGUGUAAUUCUGUAUCAUAUUAGCAUUCAAUAAAAUGUAAAAAAUUGC